CUAAGUACAUUGGGGUAAAGUAUUUCCGAAUAGCCCAGGGUGGAAGUGGGGGCUGCAAUAAUGAGGGGUACAUCGUGGGUGGCCCGGAGACGUUCUAAACGCUUGUGUGGUCCUCUGGGUAGUUCUGUAAGCUGGAUACGAUGCUGCCAAGGCCCUAAAGACGAUGUGUACGACGCUUUGUCGACAGGAAGAGGGGUAUAGACGCUCGGCCGUGGCUUCACUACCUCAUUCACGAUUAUUGCAAAAUUCCCCGGCUGAACAAUGACAUUACUCCACACUAAGACUGCUUUUUACUUCUGCAUUUUAAUAAUCUCCAACGAAGUAGCAUCCGAGUUAUCCCGCAAUUUCAUCGUAACCGACAACAACGAUAAUGGAACCUGGAAGGAGUUAAGUCUGAGUCUGACGGACUCCAGCUGUCGGAGGCCAUCAAAAUGUGUUUCCCUGGAGUACAGGACAUGUCUGGGGACCCCUCUGACCUACGAGCAGACAUCCCUGGACCUUCUCCCCGAUAAUCACUCCCAGGACAAGAUAAACGAGACUUUGACGAUGCUGGAGAGCCUGAAGUACAUUCCAAAAUGUUGGACAGUGGUCCAGCCACUGUUAUGCGCAGUCUUCAUGCCCAAAUGCUCGAAUAAUCUUCUGGAUCUGCCCUCUCCAGACACCUGCAAGAAAAUUCUGAAACCCUGUGGCAUUGUCAUGAACAGCACCGUUUGGCCGGACUUCCUAAGAUGCGAGAAUGAGAAAAUUUUCUCCCCUCAGUGCAAGAAUGACUUUAGGGAUGUUAAAUUUGGAACUCCUGGCAAGUGCUUGAGCCCUUUGGUGAGUGUCAGCUCAUCGGUCAGUGGCACUGAUGAGUCCUUCGAUGGAAUCGAUGGCUGCAGAAUCCCAUGUAAUGAUCCCAUGUUUCUACCUGACGAACUCGCCCAGAUUCACUCGUUCAUUGCUUGGGCUGCUGGCAUAUGCAUAUUUUUCAACAUGUUCACGAUGGUGACUUUCUUCAUUGAUUGGAGAUCUGCCAGUAAGUACCCAGCAGCUAUCAUCUUCCAUAUCAAUGGCUGCUUCUUGGUGUCUUGCAUUGGUUGGCUUGUACAAUUCACUCCUGGCAGCAGGGAUGUCAUUGUCUGCAGGAAGGAUGGAACACCCAGGAUCGGAGAGCCCAGUGGAGAAAAUAUCUCCUGUGCAGCAGUAUUCAUAAUGGUCUACUACUUCUCAAUGGCAGCACUCGUCUGGUUCGUCAUUCUGACAUACGCCUGGCACGUCAGUUUCCGAGCCCUCGGAAAAAUUCGUGACAAAAUCGACAAGAAGAAUUCGUAUUUUCAUCUCCUCGCUUGGUCAAUUCCAUUCGUCCUGACUGUCCUCACUUUUGCAUUUACCAAGAUCGACGGUAACAGUGUCACAGGAAUUUGUUAUGUCACCCAUGAACCCAUGGCCAGAGGGUUGUUGGUGCUAUUGCCACUGACAUGUGGGUCACUAACUGCUGGGUACUUCAUAUCUCGAGCGCUGAUCACCCUGAUCGGCAUGAAGAUAAGCAGCCAGGACAUAGUUCAUGAGCGCGCGAGUGCAAAAAUUCGGGAGACAAUAAUCCGCAUAGGUCUCUUCACCCUCUUCAUCUACGUAUCAGUGAUAAUAACAAUCUACUGCCAUAUCCAUGACUUCGUCAACUCCGAUAAAUGGUCCAAGAGUUUUCGUGACUACAUGUGGUGUUCGAUCUUGACAAAAUACCAGGGUACCAAUCAGUGUACCAUGGAUUCUCGUCCAAGCAUCGCAAAACUCCAGCUCCACCUGUUGGCGCACUUCUUUGCUGGCAUUCUGAUGUCCUCGUGGGUGUGGACAGGCUCCACCGUGGACACCUGGACACGGUUCUUGAGGAGGACAUUUCACAAUGAGACCGAGGAGCCAGUUAAACUGAAGAAGCACAAAGUAAUUGCUCAGGCUUUCGCCAAGAGGAAGACGUUUAAUAAUGCAGGACGUUUGUCCAUCAGUUUCCAUCACACCCACGAGGACCCAGUGGGUAUGAACUUCGAUCUUAAUUCAGCGGCAUCACAGGACUUCAGCUCGACGUGGGCAGCAGCCCUUCCUAAAUUUGUAACUCGAAGGGGAGCUCUUGUUGGCAAUAACACAGGAUCAUCAUCGAGUUAUAGGAGAAAUUCUGUUGAUUCAGAGAUUAGCAUAAGUGUGAGGAGAUUCUCCGUCGAGUCCAGAAGAAACUCCCUGGACUCUCAGAUAUCUUAUGGCGUGCAAUUCGCGGAAUUGAAGACGACGAGAAAGGUUGCAUCAUCGUCUGGGCAUCGGUCGAGACGUGGAAAACGAAGGAGGGAAUUCAGUAAGUCCAGAUCAACGAAGUCAGGGCAUUUGUUGAGGAGGGGCAGUACGACGUCACAGGAGAGUCAGUUGGGUGCCCAAAUCCUGUCAGCAUUGACUAUCGGUGGGACUCACGUGCCCAAUAUGAAGAGAAGAUCGGCGACAGUGGGAUUGAAUGGAGAGACACUGGGAUCCAAGAUCAUAGACGGAAAGGAGAUGGGGAUGCUGAUGCCUUUUUUGUUUGGGGGACAGAGUGCCAGUGACGACGAGGGGGCCAGCAGUGAGGAGAAGGGGGGCAAUAAUCGGGAUGUGGAGGCUGGGGUCGUCGAGAAGAAUCGUGAGAGUGAGAGUGAAGAGAGCGAGCCUGAUGAGGGGACCAAGAUGAUUGAGCCUGAGGGGCAAGAGAGGAGCAAGAGCAGCGAUAAAUCCUCGAAGAGUUACUCUCACGACAGUGGAAGGAAGUGCAAGGAAAGCAGGAAGGGGAAAUACGUGAUUCAGGAUGAGACGGUGCUCAAGCAGUUGAUUCAGGAGUCCAAGGAGAUCGUUAGGAGGGACAAUGAGAAGGAGAGCCAUAGUAAACCUGUGAUUGGGGACUUGGCGUCGAGCUUGACGUCUCAUUGCCCGGAGCUCGGACGACUCAUGAUUGGAGAUGGCCAGAGUAAUGCUAGGGAGAUGGCAACCCAGACAUCGUUGCCACUAGAUGUGCUGGAGAUGGAGGAGUUGAAGCAGAGUAUUGAUGAGAUUAUCAGCAGUAGGAAUUGCAGUUCAAAGGGCACUCAGAUCUCUCCGCAGUUGAAUAAAGGCACUCGAAGGGUUGAAAAGGUCUCGGGGGUUAGUCCAAUACCGGCACCGAGACCCUCGAAAGAGGGGAAGAAGAAGGAGUCGAAGAAUGUUUAAUGGUCCUAUUUUAUACGCAAAAUACCCAGGGAAGUAGCGAUUGGGUAUGGGAAAAAUGAGAAGUGGAAAAGAAGACGGAUGUUUAUGUUUUUUAACGUUUUUUGCAACGUUAAGGCUGCUCCUGAAACCAGUCAAGUAUUUUACUAUGGUUUCUAGAUACCUCACAACAAUUUUUGAGAUUGAAUAAUUUUUUAACUCCCUUUGGGCAAUAUUUUCUACAUAUUUGUACUUAAGACUUACGAGAAUACUCAUUAAUUCCAUGACAUAUUUAAUUGAAACUCUACUCGGCCAAAUAUUAUUGUUCUAUCGCACGUUAAGAACAUUAGUUAAUGAGAAGAUAUAUUUUAAGACUGACAUGUCAAUGAAUUCGUUUGAUACGACAACGAUACUGAAGAGUAUAUUUACAUGUAGUUUGUAAUUUUUAUUAUUUUUAAGACAAUGCAAUACAUGACGUUUGUCAGAAUAAUUUUUUACCAAUUUUCGAUUCGACUUUUAAAUAUUUGUCGAUUUGUGGAAUGCACCUGGAAUUCGUUAAAUUUGUAACUGGAGAUUCAAAUAAACUAUUCCAUUAAUCUCGCUUA